UGUUGAAAUUUUUUUAAUUUUUUGUUUAUAUCAAAUUAAUGAAUUAAAAUUUAAGGUAUAAUUUUUAGUAAUUUGUAAAAAAGAGGAUUUUAGAAACUUUAUUCGUUUUUCUAAUAGAGGAAAAAAGAAAUGAUUUUGUCUUGAUUUAGUUUUUGGUGGAGUUUUUAUAAGCAUUAUCAAAUAUGACUCGUGUAGUUCCUGACCAAAAAGCAAAAUUUGAUACGGACGAACUAUUUCGGAAGUUAUCAAAGGAGUCAGAGGUAAGUUAUACUGGUUAUCGUGAUCGCGGACAUGAAGAAAGAGUUGCUCGUUUCCAAACAGAAUGUCGCGAGGGAAGAUGCGGUUUGGCAUUUUUGUCAUCUGGAACCAGUUUGCUUUUGUAUUUGGGUCCACAAUCCAAAGAAAAAAAAAAUACAGUUCCGUCUAAAGAGUUUCUUGACUUCGAAAAAGAAGUAGGAAAGGUAUACCUUAAAAGUCGCUUUAUAAUGAAUGGCGUUGCUGUCAUAUUCAAAGGAUUUAUUGAUCUUAAAAAACUAGAUGGAAUCGGUGUUUUGGAAUUCGAUGAGCAACAAGCCAAGAUUGAAGAUAGAAUAUUAAGAGACACCAUUGACCAAUCUCGAAUGAGAUUACAAGAGUUUGAGGAGCGGCAGCAAAGAAUCAAACAAGAACCAAUAGAUACAGAAAUUCUUCAUAAAAAAGAACUUGUUUAUUGGUAACGAUAAUCUCUAUCCAUGAUUUGUAUAUACUUAUAUUUAUUUGCGUACAAUAAAUUAUUUGUAUGUUUGUUUUCCCGCCAUUGUAUAAAUAUUUUAUGAAUGAUUUCAGACAUGUAAAUUUUGCAAAAAGAUAUAAAUAUUAACUUAGUUACCAUAUUUUCUUCGAAAGGGUUAAUUUA